AACUAUUAAUACCGCUUCGCCCGGGGAUGCGGGCGUGCUGAGCGCCGGGAUUGGCCUAAGGCGCCGUGGCCAUCCCCUUUAAUUUUUAAAUACUCAGUCCUCUCUUAGUUCUGGGUGGCAAGAAGAAAAAUAAUAAUAAAAGAAGACAAGCCGUCGAUUUUUUUUUUUUUUUUAAUUUUUCCUCCAGAACAAACCCCGCCGUGCAAUUCGCUCGCAAAGGCAUCGGGAGACAAGAGUGGUUUGCAAAUUCUUCCAAGGCUCAAGACCCGGUUGUGCAGCGGGAAAGGAACGCUCCCAGCUCCCACAGGACCCCCGGAAGCUCCCGCCGCUGGUCCCCCGGGUCACCGCCCGCACUUCUUGCCUCUUUCGGAGGAGGAUCUGGGACGUGAGCGGCGACCUCAAGAGCCAGUGCCGACCGCGCGGGCUCAGCCUUGGGCUUUGUGGCGGUACCUGUACCCGCUCCACACCGCUCAGCGAGUGCCCGUCCGUGCUCACCGCUCAGCUUCUGCAAUCUUUUGUUGGCACCGCUGGCCGCCCGAAGUUAAAUGCGCCUUUGCUAUUUUGCUUUUUUUCCUGUCUAUUUUUUUCUUUUCUUUUCUUUUUUCUUUUUGAGAGCUCUUGCGAUUUUUUGGGAAAGCCUCAGACGCCAUCUACAGUUAAGACUUAGGUAACUGCCCUCUCUAGCACCCCCUUCCACGCCCCCCACCCUUUCCACCCAAAAAAGGGGGGUGCAGCGCGGAUUCUGGCUGCCGCGCGGCGUGAGCCGGCAGACCCGUGCUUAUUUCCUUUUUCUUUUUGUUUGGUUUCUAACGCGUGGAGGGCGAGCCGGCGCCGCGCGCUCCCCGAAGACUGCACAAACUCCACGCAGGGCUCCUCCGCCUGGUCUGCGGAUCCUCAGCUGGGGAUUCGCUCAGGAACCCGCCGCUGCAGCUCCGCACCCCAGAGGCACGCUCACUCGUCCAGAUCCACGCUGCAAGCAGAGACCCACCGACCCCACAGAGCGGUUCUGUACCGCGCUGGCGGCUUCGGGGUAACAAAAGGACCCGAGCUGUCCGCAGAGCGCGCACCCCCGGGAGCAGGGCUCGCAGCCGGGGAUCAACCCUGUGGCGCCCAUCCGGGCAGUAGCUCCCAACUCUUCCUCCACCGAGCCCCAGUCGGGUCCCCUCCCCUCUUGAUCCUUUCAAGUCGGUGGCACCCAGGCGCCUUCACCCGCGGCUCAUCCAUCUCUCCAGCCGGGUUUUUCGGUUUGUUUGUUUUGUCGUGUGCGAUCCCCACACUCAUGAACAUACACAGGUCUACCCCUAUCACAAUAGCGAGAUAUGGGAGAUCGCGGAACAAAACCCAGGAUUUCGAAGAGCUGUCGUCUAUAAGGUCCGCUGAGCCCAGCCAGAGUUUCAGCCCGAACCUAGGCUCUCCGAGCCCGCCUGAGACUCCGAACUUGUCGCAUUGCGUUUCUUGCAUCGGGAAAUACUUACUGUUGGAGCCUCUGGAGGGAGACCACGUUUUCCGCGCUGUGCAUCUGCACAGCGGAGAGGAGCUGGUGUGCAAGGUGUUUGAGAUCAGCUGCUACCAGGAGUCCCUGGCCCCCUGCUUCUGCCUGUCUGCCCACAGCAACAUCAACCAAAUCACGGAAAUCCUCCUGGGGGAGACCAAAGCUUAUGUGUUCUUUGAGCGGAGCUAUGGAGACAUGCAUUCCUUUGUCCGCACUUGCAAGAAGCUGAGGGAGGAAGAGGCAGCCCGACUGUUCUACCAGAUUGCCUCAGCCGUGGCCCACUGCCAUGAUGGGGGGCUGGUGCUGCGCGACCUCAAGCUGCGAAAAUUUAUCUUCAAGGAUGAAGAGAGGACUCGUGUCAAGCUGGAGAGUUUGGAAGACGCUUACAUUCUCCGGGGUGAUGAUGACUCCCUCUCUGAUAAGCAUGGCUGCCCAGCGUACGUCAGCCCAGAGAUCUUGAACACCAGUGGCAGUUACUCGGGCAAGGCAGCGGACGUGUGGAGCCUGGGGGUGAUGCUGUACACCAUGUUGGUUGGGCGUUACCCUUUCCAUGACAUUGAGCCCAGUUCCCUCUUCAGUAAGAUCCGCAGGGGCCAGUUCAACAUUCCAGAGACUCUGUCGCCCAAGGCCAAGUGCCUCAUCCGAAGCAUCCUGCGACGGGAGCCCUCAGAGCGGCUGACCUCGCAGGAAAUUCUGGACCAUCCUUGGUUUUCUACAGAUUUUAGCGUCUCGAAUUCGGGAUUUGGUGCUAAAGAGGCGUGUGAUCAGCUGGUGCCAGACGUCAACAUGGAGGAGAACUUGGACCCUUUCUUUAACUGAGCUCUAGGCCCACAGACACUUAGCAGGUACCAGGAGCAAGAGAGGGCCCCAGAAAGGAGUUCUGGGACACAGGUGGCCUGGCUGGGAAGCAAGACGGACACUCGUAUUUAUACAUUUCUUGGUUCAGAGGAGGAAUACAUUCUAGGAGCUGACUGAACACCUGAACACGUAGCAUGGGAACAAGACCUGCGGGAUGGGGGUUGGGUUCAGUUGGGUUCAGAUGGACGGAAGCCUCUCCCCUAAGCUUUUCUUCCCUGGGGCAGCCUGAGAGUCCCCCUUACCAGUCAGUAGGGAUACUUGGUCUACCCCGCUUUUCAUUUUGUUUAGAAAUAGUUGCAGAUCUCGAUAGAAUUGAAACUUUUCUGCCUCAAACACAUACCUUGGCAUUGCACUGUUAGCAUUUAACUUCUUGUUAUGAUUCAGGGAAGGGACAAUUGAUCAAAGAUUUUUUUUUUGAACAGGCAACCACCUACGUAAUAAUUAAUAAGAUUCACCUAAAAAAUAAUAAUAAUUCGGUGCGCACAGACUGACCUGAAACCCGGGUGCUAAACUAAAAGAAAACAAAAGUUCCAGUUGUCGUCUUUCAUUCACACUUUUCAACUCAUUCCUUUAAAUAAAUGAUUUCCUAUUCUGGUUAGGAAGUGGCAUAUUAAUGCUUUGCUCCCUGAGGCGGGAGGCAGUGGGAAAUCUGUUCUAUAACAGACAUCUCUGUUUUGUAUCAGUUGGUUUUUGUAACAGGAAAUUACUAGAAGUCAAACUUCCAGAUGUAUUAUCAGUCCAGGGGAAAAGAAAGGAAAAGAGAACAAUCCAACUCCUUUCUGGUUCUUUGUUCUUUUGAAGGAAAAGGCUCACACCCCAGACAUUGCUCUCUGCUCCGAAUAACAGUAAGGUGGGUCUCAGAGGGCAGGCUCCUCCUGGAGUCAGAUCUUUUUGAUGAUGCUGAUCUCAACGUUUUGUUUUUGCUUUAUGGGAAACUAGUAAAAUGAGACAGGUUGUCCCAUGUGUAUAAAAUACAGGGCAGCUAUUUCCUUUUCUUUUCAAAGAAUGAUCCUCUGGGCUUGGAAAGGCCCUCGGGUUGAACAGAAAGAGUGAAUGGGCAAUAAGCUGGUAGCCAGGAUGGUAUACAUACAAACAGCUCUCUGUCCCAAUACGCACCUUUGUAUUUUCAAGAACUCUUGUAUUUAUUAAGGAAAAUGUCACAUUGUGAUGUAUUAAGCCAGUACUUCAAUUACGGGUCGACGGGAUGACAUGUUACAUGCUGUAGUUAACAUUUAUAAUUUUGUUCCCCUGUUUGAGUAUUUCUGUCCCCGGAAUAACCUUUUAUUUGGCUUAUUUUCUAGAUAGCCUUAUUUGAUUUCAAGUGGCAAAAUGUUUUCCUUUUGUACUCUGGCUUUUCUAUUGCUGUAUGAUACAGAACUCUUUUUGGCCUAAAUAUUUGUGUUCCCAGUACCUCAGUCGUUUGGGUUUUACUGCCUGCAUAUGUUUUUGUGAAAUGGUCCUGUUCUUGGGUAGGUAACACGUGGACUCUAGUAUGUAAAUGUUACUUGAAUCUGUGCUUCUUCACUCUCGUAUGUGGCAUGUGUGUGCGGACUCUUCAAUGCUUCACGCCUACUCCACUGGAGCCCCUGUCCCCAGGAGGGCAGCUUCCCCGUUCAUAAUCAGGAGACAAAGCUGCCGUGGAUUUCCCCUUGAUUCUAUUUUGAUAAUGGAAGAUUCAUAGAGAGGGUUUUUACACUCGGAAGACGGUGCUGUGGCAAGAAGGACCUUUUCUCUGCCCUCUCCCCUGUUUUUUAAGUACUGGGUGGGAGGAGAGAUUGUUGACAUGCAUGGUGGGGGUGAACGGCCUCUGGUGCUUUGUCCUGUAUUUGGUUUUAAUGUUUUUGUCCUAAUCUCUUCAAUCAAUAAAAUUGUGCG